CAAUCGGGAGGAUCGAAGCGCGGGCAAUGAGGAUCGUCGUUUCUGAGCCGUCUUCUUUUCGCCAGCUUUCCACCUGGAUGUUUCUAUUUGCCUCUCGUUGCUUUACUGUUGAUAUCUCUUUGCGGCUGUGAUUGUUCACUAGGAGUUUAUCUCAACUAGCGAUAUCUCCUACCUUGCAGCCACAAACAGACGAAACUAUAUCAUAAGCUUAAUCUAGGGUCGUCAGUCUCCGCAGGCAGUUUAAUAACGUCAACACAUCGUCCGUCCUCAGCACUGCGCCUCUCACAACGCACUCAGUGGCCUCUUACAUACGGGCUUGAGGACGCAAUUGUCCCUUCUGUUGUUUCAUGCCCCCGCGCCGCCGUCCGCCUCGAGCGGGGGCACUGACGGAUCUCCCGCCGCUCAAGAUCAUCAAGAAGAUCGCCGUCCUGCAACUCGCCUACUAUGCUUGCGCCACUAUUCUCAUCCUGUUCACGACUCUCGUGGCAGGUCAGCCGUUUUCGCCGGCUCUGAUUCUCAGUUGGGAUAGUUUACGGGGAGACACUACGAUCGGAUGGAUGCUCGGGUUAGUGUGGAUGUUGAAUAGUUUCCUAUGUGUCAUAUUCCUCCUUCUCCUCGUCUCGCGCUCCAAACUCAUCCCUGAUUUCGCCUUGACCAUCCACUUCAUCCACCUCGUCGUCGUGUCGCUAUACACGCACUCUCUCCCAUCCAACUGGCUAUGGUGGGGUCUACAAUUCGGUAGCGCUGCAUUAAUGAUCUUUCUCGGAAUCUGGGCCUGUCAGUGGCGGGAGCUCAAACCCAUCAGCUUCGGUGGACUGGGCGGUAGCAGCAGCAAUACCGGCAGCAAUGCCAAUCAACAGUCAUCCUCCCAGCAUGGCCAACAGAACGGGUCCGCAGAAUCAGGAGAUGAUUCACAACUAGCUGGAUUCUCUCGAGGCCGCGGACGAGGCCGGAACCUCCGGGACGGUGCUGGCGAGUACGAGAUGGUCGACAUGAAAGAGACCGAGGAUGUAUGAGACUUAAUCAUCGGACUGUACACGUCUCUUCCUUUUUUUUGCAUUCUACUUUGUUUUGUGCUGGUUCACGAGAUGACUGAGCCGUCUGUUCAUACAGAUUCGAUACCAUUUUGCUUCUUCUCUUUGUCGUUGUUAUCUACUUACUGUCAGAUUAUUCUCUCAUCGGUCAUGACCAAACGAUGUAGUCACUUUGUACUAUUCUCCCAGCCGGCGUUUUCUUUUCGUUUGUUGCUUUGUUACAAAUCUCGGAGAAAGGGGGCAGUGGGUCUAGGGAGGUUUCAUCUUUUGUUCUCUACCUGCCUUUUCCAUUGCAUGGAAGUUGCAAGUCGUGUAUUACAUGCUUUGCAUAUGUGUAUAUGCAUAUCAAUAUGCAUUGUUAUAUUUAUAUCCAUAGGUACA